UGAGCAAGUUCACUGCCAGCGUGCGACGAGAGUUGUACAACAGGUUUAAAUGGAUUGCUGAUUUACUAACGUUGCCGGAAGAAGUCAAUGCUGUACCUACAGUUGCGCCUGUCACUCCCCGACUAUCCAUGGAGAGAACAAUAAGGAUCGAUAAGGCGGAACCAAUUCAGAAAAGUGAAGAACGCGUGAAAGCUGAAUAAAAAUGCACAUUUUUUGAUAUUAUUAUACAUUAUUUGCACGUUUUACUUGAAUAUUUUUACUCAGUAUUAAUCAAAUUUAUAAAAAUUACAUUUCUCAAAGAAAACAACCUGUUGAAAAUAUAUACUUAGGUCAUAAAUUCCUUCAAAUUUUUUUUAUAAAAUUAAUGAUACACUUUUUGAUAAUUAUAUAGAAAUUAUAUAUGAAAUGAAAGGUAACUUAAUUUAUUUAGAAUACAAUUUUAUUUAUAUUAUUCAAAAUGCCCUCCCCUAUUUUGAAUACAUUAUUCAAAAUUAUAUUGCCCUUAUUCGACGCGGCCAAUCAUCAAUCGCAGCACGCACCACAUUCAUAUCUAUUUCUGCCGCUGCUUUAGCGUAGACUUUCUCCUCCAAAUGUUGCCAUAUCUUGUAAUCCAGUGGGUUUAAAUCUGGACUAGAAGAGGGCCAGUCUUCAUGUCCGAUAAAGUCAAUUUCAUUGGCGGUCAAGCAGUUUUGCGUGCUUCGUGCCCUAUGAGCUUAUUUUUGUAGAAUUUUGAAAAUCUCUUUUGGCGCGUAACCACAGCGGUGCAACGCGAUAACCGCUACUCUGUCUUCUUUCUUCGACCAUUCCAUAUUUGAAAAUGAAUGAAAAUUAAUGUUUUUUUAAUUUUCGGCAAGCGCAGACGUUAUAUUUUUAAAAUUGGUGAAGUUCAUCUAGCCAGUAUUCAAAAAUUUUAAACAAUAAGGUUUUGACAGAACUUAUGACCCGGCUAAGUAUAUAUAUAAAAAUCCACACUCGUUAUAAGAAACUAAUGAAAUAAAAUAGGGCAAAAAGAAAUUCACAAGUUCAAACGAGGGUAGAGCAAAAACAGAUUACUGCGUCCGUACGAUAAGAAUAACAUGUUUUGAAGGACGGUUGAGCUGACCAUUCGUUUUGCAUUGCGACGGGCACAGAGUAUGAUCAUGAUCUUACUGGCUAAUAUGAAAUGGGGUUAACAUUGGAAGUAAUAUAAAAUAUUAAUAAAAGAAAGUAUUUGGAACAUAAUAGUUGAAAUUUGCUAAUUUGAGAAAAUAAGAAAAAUUAUGGAUUCAUAUCUGUGGGAAAGUCGCAUUAAACUAUUUUCACGAAAAAUCCAACAACAAAUUAUCAGCCAGUAUCAUCAUCAUUACAGCCCUUCACAAGUCCACUGCUGAACAUAGGCCUCCCCCAAAGAAUGCCACAAAGCACGGUCCUGAGCCACCUGCAUCCAUCGACUUCCUGCAUGUCUUUCCAGGUCGUCACUCCAUCUCGUGGGGGGGACGCCCUACACUUCGCCUACCGGUACGAGGCUGCCACUCGAGAACCUUUCUUCCCCAUCGGUUGUCGGUUCUUCGAGCUAUAUGGCCGGCCCACUGCCACUUCAGCUUACUAAUCCGUUGGGCUACGUCGGUUACUCUGGUUCUACUGCGGAUAUCCUCAUUCCUAAGUUUAUCACGCAGAGAAACUCCGAGCAUAGCCCUCUCCAUAGCUCGCUGAGCGACCUUGAGCUUCCUCAUACGGCCAGCAGUGAAGGACCACGUCUCAGUUCCGUAAGUCAUCACUGGCAACACGCACUGGUUGUACAAUUUCGUUUUCAGGUUUUGAGGUAUGUCUGACGAGAAGAUGUGUCGUAGCUUCCCGAACGCUGCCCAGCCGAGUUGAAUCCGUCGAUUGACCUCUCGGUCGAAGUUGGACUUACCUAGUCGGACUAUUUGUCCCAGGUAAACAUACUCGUCAACAACUUCGAGCUUAGUGCUCCCAACAACUACCGGCAUAGGUGUGACAUGGACAUUAAACAUGAUCUUUGUUUUGUCCAUGUUCAUCUUAAGACCUAUCCGUUGGGAAACACUAUUGAGGUCAUUGAGCAUAGUGCUUAGGUCCUCCAGCGAUUCUGCCAUAAGGACUAUAUCGUCGGCAAAUCGAAGGUGAGUGAUGUACUCGCCAUUGAUGUUGAUACCGUAUCCUUUUCAGUCCAGAAGCUUGAAAACAUCUUCCAAUGCAGCGGUGAAGAGUUUCGGGGAUAUGACGUCACCCUGUCUUACACCUCUCUGCAAUUGGAUAGGUUUCGUACUCUGGUUCUGUACUCGGAUAGCCAUCGUAGCCCUACUGUACAAGAACUUCAACACUUCGAUAUACCGACAGUCAACUUGGCAUCGCUGAAGGGACUGCAGCACCGCCCAAAUUUCGACGGAAUCAAAGGCUUUCUCAUAGUCCACAUACGCCAGACAUAGUGGCAAAUUGUACUCCUCGGAAUUCUGUACAAUUUGCCGAAGGGUAUGUAUGUGGUCUAUGGUGCUAAAGCCUUUUCGGAAACCGGCUUGUUCGGGAGGCUGGAAGUCGUCAAGUCUGCGCGCGAGACGAUUCGUAAUGACUCGAAAACAGCACGUAGACGCGGCUCAGAAGGGAAAUCGGUCUGUAGUUCUUCAAGAGAGCGUUGUCACCUUUCUUGAAGAACAAGACCACCGCACUUCUGCUCCACGCCUCCGGUGUAAUGCCACCAUGGAGGACGGAAUUAAAGAGCUUCUGAAGGACUUCAAGUACCGGUCUUCCACCCGCUUUCAGAAGCUCCGCUGUAAUUCCAUCUUCGCCUGGGGCCUUACCGUUUUUAAGGUGCUGGAGAGCCAUUCUAAUCUCGCUCAGACUGACGUCCGGGAUAUCUUCGGAAUAGUGUCGGAUGAGACUCGCUCUUGGAUCGUUACUCACACUUGCGUGUGGCUCCAACGAUACGUGUACAGCUGCCCAUAGAACCUCUCAAUCUCACUCAAAAUCUCAGGUGUCCUGGAAACGAUGCUGCCACACUCUGUCUUCAGCUUUGACAGUUGGCUCUUUCUGGCAGACAGAUCUCCGGCAAAGACUUUGGAGCCUUGGUUCCGCUCGAUCGCUUCUUCAAUACGAGCUGUAUUGAACUUGCGUAAGUCCCGCCGCAUGCAUUUGGAGAUCUGUCUGUUCAGAUGCAUGUAUGCUGUCAAGUCUGUUGAAGAAUGUAGCUUCAUCUCCCGUCUAACAGCCAUGAGAUUAAGAGUGUGAUCGGAGAGUUUUUGUGUUCUUCUGCGGCGGGUCUUGCAGAACUUAGCUCCGACCGCAUGGACAGUUUCCACGAGCUUGUCAUUCAUAUCGUCCACUUCAUUGCAGUCUUCUAGACACUGAAAACGGUUUUGUAACUCGAGCUGAAAGGUUUCAGGACUUUGGAACAGAGCACGAGGGGGACGGAGCGUUGACUUCAUUAGACGAGACCUCUCCAACUUAACGUUUAGGUUCAGUGUGCCUCUAACCAUUCGGUGCUCGCUACCAGUUUUCACCCUCGCGAUCACGGAGACAUCACUGAACAGUUGUCGUCUGGUCGUCAUAAUGAAGUCAAUCUCAUUUUUUGUCGAACCGUCGGGGCUCGACCAGGUCCACUUCCUGUGGGGCCGCUUCUGGAAGAAAGAGUUCAUCAUGAAGAGUCCCUCUUUCUCCAUGAAGUCGGCCAGCUGCUGGCCCCUUGGGUUCCGUUGCCCUAUUCCAAAUUUCCCUACUUUCAGCUCACCGUUCUCUCUUGUGCCUAGUUUUGCAUUGAAGUCUCCCAUUAACACCGUAUAUUGGGUUUUGGAGGAAUGCAUGGCUCUAGAGAUAUCCUCAUACAUUUCCUCCACCUCCUCAUCGGGGUGUGCCGAGGUUGGUGCGUAAACCUGUAUGACCUUCAGCGAAUACCGUUUGGUGAUUCUGAGUAUAAGGUACGCAACCCUCGUCGACACACUCCCGAUCUUUACAACGUUGUUAACGAGAGACUUGUGGACGAUAAAUCCGACACCUCCUUGGGACAGAUGGUCGCCCUCCCGGUGAUAGAGCAAGUUGCCGGAUUCGAGGAUUACCGUGUCCUCCCCCUCUCUUCGGACUUCGGAUAAUCCUAUAAUAUGCCAGCGCAACUUGUCUAUCUCUUCUUCCAGCUCCACGAUCUUCUCGUCAGUCCUCAGGGUGCGUGUGUUGUACGUUGCCAGGUCGAGUCGUCUAAGGUGGCAACCGAACCUCCACCGGAGUUUCUUAGCACCCCAUGCCCCGCCGUUACCAUGGUCGCCACCGUAGCCAGGAAUAGCGGGGCCGCCGGGGACUGGGGGCCGUCUCUUUGUUACAUUCAUAGGGGGGUAUUUGCCAUAGUUGCCACGCUUGGCGAGCGGGUUGGCAACCGCAGUUUUUUUAUUGUAAUUUUGAUCAGCCAGUAUACCAAAAUAAAAUUCACACAACUCAGGUUUGAUUGGCCCCAGCAGUGUAUGGCAUGAUAAAAUGAUGUAUUUGUAUUGGAGAAUGUUUCCACAAAAUAAAGUUAUAUGAUGUUGCACCAUUUUCGAUUUUAUUCCCAUUCACCUUUUAAUUUAUUACAGAAAAAGAAACUAGACUGAAUUCAGAACGUCAUUCUAAUUCUCAUUUUGCAUUUGAAGAAGAUAGGUAGUAAAUUAAUUGUAAAAUUGUCUAGAGGUGUCACACGUAAAGGUAACAUCCUUUUUAAUAUUAUGUGAUAUUUGUAUAAUUAGUUCCUUUAAAAAAAUAAUUCAAAAGUUCCUGUUUACCUAAGAAUAACAUAGAAGAUUAUUAAACAUCGAUAUUACUAUCAACUCACGGCAGUUCAUUUUUGGACAUUCACCUCCAGGUAGCGUGAUGACGUAUUACGAGUUUAAUAUAUUAUGUCAAAUUUAUGCAUACUUAAAUAAAACAUUUUAUAUUAUUGUAUCGUCGUAUUGUAUUAUUAUAUCGUAAACAUUGAUCACUAAUAAAAAAAAACUAGAUGCACAGUGACAAAAAAAUGUCCUUAACGAAUGAGCGCCCACUCGAACAUUUGGGUGCGCUUUUAAUUUGUACGUAGCUUUUGAAUACAACUUUAGGCAAUGCAUAAGGUUGAAUUUACAUUAAGAUAUAUUUAUUUCAACUAGAAUUACGUCAAAACAAUUGGCGACAGUUUUCAGAGAACUUUUGCAUGAGAUUGUGUAUCUAGUUUUUUAUUAGUGAUCGAUGAUCGUAAACAAUAAAUGCGAUUCAAAUAAGAAUAGUACUGACUUGGCGCAAUAUUGUGACGUCAUUGCUGUCAAUUCAAACCCAUUAGCUAGGGUGAGCAAAUCAGAUAUUUUUUAAAUAAUAUUUAUUUAUAAAUAAAUACAAAAGAACUAUGAAAGAAAAAGUUACUCAGAAUCUAGAACUUUAAUUCCGCUUGUCUCUGUAUCACUGUGAGUACUCAUCGUCGUCAUCAUCAUAAGCAUCAUUAUUAUACUGACAUCGACAAGAUGGCUCUGCUUUUUGCCCAAAUGUUGCCAACAUUUAAAAUAAAAAAAACAGCUUUAAAUUAUUUAAAAACUAAAUAUUACUUCAAUAGAUUUGGUAAUACUAAAGAGUAUAAUGAUCUAAUCUGUUAAAUAAAUAUAAAAGUAGAAAAUUAAUUUUCUUUGCAAGCCGUACUUUUCUAGUGACCGUCAUUCGAAGUCAUUGACCUAUUCUUAUUUGAGUCGCAUUGAUAAGUUUGUUAAAAAAUAUCCUGCGCGAAUGAUGGACUUUAUUUUGUUAAUAAUUGUACCUGCUUCGUCUGAUGCAAAUAAUUAAAGAACUUGUUUUUUAUUUUUACAU